AUGAAGUCCAUUAGUAGACAAUAUGUAUGGUGGCCAUGUAUUGACAAAGACUUGGAAACAUGUGUUAGCACAUGUACCAAAUGUCAGGUUAACAGGAAUAAACCUGCCGAAACAACUUUAAGUAUGUGGGAGUACCCUAAAGAACCGUGGUCUCGGGUUCACAUAGACUUCAUGGGACCUUACAUGGGGAAGUCAUUUUCAUUGAUUAUUGUCGAUUCUUAUACUAAGUGGAUCGAUGCUGUGAUUAUGAAUUCUAUAACUGCUGAGUGCACAAUCGAGGUGCUCAGAAGAGUAUUUGCCACUCAUGGUAUUCCUAAAGUGUUAUACACAUCUAGUGAGUGA